AUGGCAGAGUUUCAAAUAGACAAUUUAGAUAGUUUGAUAGAAAGUGAAAAUGUAGAAACAAUAAGAAAUUAUUUCAAGAAGAAAAAUCCUAAAGAAAUUAAAGAUAUUUUAACGAAACAAGUUUCUAUUUUAACAGUAGCAUUUCCAAUUUCAUAUUCAAUCGUUAAAAAGAGAAUACAAAGUUUUAAUGAGUUACUUGAUAUUUAUAUUAAAAAUAAACUCGAUAUUAAUCAACAAGAUGAUGGUGGAUUAACAAUACUUCAUUAUGCUGUUCAAAGUAAAGAUUCUCGUUUUAUUACUACAUUGUUAAGUAUUCCCGGAAUCAAUCCUUAUGCCCCAGAUAAUGAUGGACAAUCUCCUUUCAUUUAUUUUCUUAGAUUUCAUGAUGAACCAACUAUUGUAGAAUGUUUGGAGGCAUUCAUUAAAUGUUCUCGAAUAAUUUUAAAUAGUAGAAUUGCUUCAGGGAGGUAUAAAGGAGAUUUUCCUAUCAAUAUUGCAUUCCAAAAUCAAAGGAGUUGUGGUAUUUUAUUAGAGACAUUCUUAAAAAAUGGAGCAGUUCCAGAUGUUACAAAUUUUUCAAAUGAUGUUCCACUCUUAUAUGCUGUUCAGAAAAAAAGACUUGAUCUUGUGUUAUUAUUACUUAAGUUUGGGGCAAGGAUUUAUAUUGCAAAUAAUGCAGGAAAUUCUCCUCUUUCAGUUGCUAUGAAAACUGAAAGUAAAAUUACGUCUGUCUUUUCACUUGUUGAUAGUAUUCAUAUCAAAAUGAGAAAUGAGUUUUCAUUGACACUUCAAUACGACCUUCCACGAAUGAUUGGUAUAGGAUUGUUUACUGAUGUUAGUACUUCUCAAGCAAUGAGAAAUAUGAUUAAUAUGGGAGUUAAUCCUGAUACUGUUAAACGAUUUAUGGAAGUUUGUAGGAAAACUGAAAAAGAUUUUAUGGAAAGUAGGGAUGCAUUUGAUUUAUUAUAUUAUAAAGAAGAUGAAGGAGAAUUAGAAGAAGAAAAGAAAAUUGAUGUGAAAAGUAUUGAAUUUCUUGGAGAGUCUAUAGGAAAUAAAAAUAAAUUAGGUAUGGGAUUGUAUGGAGAAGUUGUAAGAGCACGAUAUAAAGGUAAGACAAUUGGAAUUGAAUAUAUUCGAUUAGAAAAUGAAGAAAAAACUAAAUUAUUUGAAGAACAUAUUGAGAAGAAAUUAAGUACCAUUAACCAUGAAAAUAUACUUCAAAUUAUGAAAACUUUAGUAACAGAUAAUUCAAUUUGGAUUAUGACAGAAUACACUGAUAAAGGAUGUUUAUUUGAUUUACUUCAAGGACCAAAAUUAAAUUGGGAAAUUAUUUGUGGUAUUGCAAUUGAUAUAGCUGAGGGGUUAGUUUGUUUAAAAGAAAAUGAUAUUGUUCAUGGACAAUUAAAUUCUACAAGAAUUUUUGUUACAUUAGAUGGAAGAGCUAAAAUCAGUGAAUAUGGAUUUAAACAAAUCUUUGAAAGACAUAAAGAAAAUCAUUUAAUUGAUAUAGAAAUUGCAUAUAUGGCACCUGAACAAUUAAGUGAUACUCCUGUAUUUGAUAAUGAAGGAGAUAAAUAUAGUUAUGGUAUGAUUUGUUGGGAAAUGAUUACUCGUUUAAUUACUGGAGAACAUGUUAUUCCAUACUACAGUGAUGAAGAAAAUUAUACCAAUGAAACUGAUGCAAUUGUUAAGAAGAAAAUUCUUGGUGGAAGUAUUCCUAAUAUUGCUACAAGAGAAAAUGCACAAGUCUUUACUGCACCACCAAAGUUAGGUAAAUUAUAUAGGAAUAUUUGUCAAACAAAGGUUGAAUUAAGAAAUGGGUGGGAUAAAAUUAUUGAAGAAUGGAGAAGUUUUGAUGAAGAAAAUACAAAUGAUCCAAAAAGAUGGAAAAAUUGUUUACAAACAGAUGGAGAAAUUUGUCCUGGGGAAUAUGCUAAUAAAAAGUUCAAAUUAGUUAAAGCAGCAGAAGAACUUAUGAAAUAA